UCGUGUUGUUGUUGUGGAUUAUGUCAUGAGGAGGGAUGGUGGUUGGUCCAUAUCAAUCCAUUUAUUAGGUUAAAGUAGUUUUUACUGUUCGUUUGUGUAAUACUGUUUGUUUUGAAUUUAAUAUGAUCAAAGCAAUACUGGUUUUCAACAAUCAUGGUAAACCAAGGCUCUCCAAAUUUUAUCAAUAUUUCAAUGAAGACAUGCAGCAGCAGAUCAUCAAAGAAACAUUCCAACUUGUAUCAAAGAGAGAUGAUAACGUUUGUAAUUUCCUUGAAGGAGGAAGCCUCAUUGGGGGAUCUGAUUACAAGUUGAUCUACCGCCACUAUGCCACACUGUACUUUGUUUUCUGCGUGGAUUCGUCUGAAUCUGAGCUUGGAAUACUUGAUCUAAUUCAAGUAUUUGUCGAGACACUAGACAAGUGCUUUGAGAAUGUAUGUGAACUAGAUCUCAUAUUCCACGUGGACAAGGUUCACUACAUUCUAAAUGAAUUAGUGAUGGGUGGAAUGGUCCUGGAAACAAACAUGACAGAAAUAUUGUCCAGGAUUGAAGACCAAAAUAAAAUGGAAAAACAAGAAUCAGGGUUGGCAGCGGCAAGGGCUGUGUCUGCAGUAAAGAGUAUCAACCUGUCCCAGCAACUGAAAGACAUGAAGUUACCAGAUCUACCGCAAGCGAUCAAGGAUCUCAAGUUUUGACGCUCGUCAUCGGAAAACAGGAGGAUGCUGUGUAGUGAAAAAGGCAGCCCAUGGGCGAGAUACACGUGAACAUGCUCAGCAACAUCCCAAACAUCCGGCCUUCGUUUUGCGUUACACUUAAUUCCAUAUCAAUUUUUUAUAUUUACUUAAUUUUUAUAUUAGUGUUUAAAGUUGUAUAAAGAUUUAAUAUGAUUGCAUUGUUAACAUCGUCGAUAGAUGGUAAAGGUCGGGCAAAAGUUUGGAGAAAUCCCAGUUUGCUUUUUUAAGAGGUUAAUUUAAUUUAUAAUCAAUGAAACUUUUGUAAAAAAACAAAGCCAACCAGAUACAUUUUUUCAUUUCACAAACUUUGUGUAUUACUGAACUUGAGUGAAUAUUAUUCAGAUUUGAAUCCUUAAUUCCAUAAAUAUGUUCAAAAAUUAUGUUUU